AUGUCUUUGCUCUCCCUCCCCAUUCACUCUCUGCAGUACGCAGAGAUCGUCGUCAGAAGCACUGACCCGGACCUGGACCUGAAUGCAUUGUCCUUCUCCGUGCGGCCCACUGCUCCCCCAGCCAUGUCUUUGACGUCUAUGGCCAAUGUCGACGUCAAGGUGUCCACCGUGCGCGACGCGUCGGGCACCUAUCUCUCCAUUUCCCUCGGACAGCCUGAUGAAGAGGGCGCGCAGAACUCGCUUCCGAUCGCGUAUGGUGAUCGCUCAAGCUCGUCGCGGUCGUCACCCUCGUCGUGGAGUGGCACCCGUAAGCACCUCGGUCCCUUCCCCGCACGGCUUGACUUGACGCCGCUGUCAACAGAGCCUUACUACAAGGAGUACAAGGAAAUGUUUGGUCGUCACAACCUCCCCAUGGACUGCGAUGAGGGGUUCAUUGGCUCAUUGAAUAUGCCGCCAGGGUCCUGGCCUGUCAACGACGGCAACUAUUCCGACACGUCUGCAUCUGGCCUUCCCUCUUCUGGGCCAAUGGGAUACUACCACCGCCCCUCUUUCGACGAGUUCCCAUCGCCCCCGUCCUCGGCAUCGUCCUGCACCCAUCUGUCUGACACGGAGAACACCUUCGCAUACUCCCCGGAGGACCGCAUGGCCCCAGGCGCGCAUUCUUCCAUCCAUCCCCCGAAGCUGCAGCGCUCCCGCUCUGCGACGUCCUACCCCACGUCGAAAAUCCUCCCCGUCACGCGACCGAAGCGCACCGCGCUCAAGUGCGAGUACCCUAACUGCGACGCCCACUUUUCACGCCAGCACGACCGCUUGCGACACGAAGUGAACAAACACGGUCGCAAGUGCGAGUGGACAUGUGAUGUCUGCCGACGCUUUUUCUCAAACGCUUCGACGCUCGAGCGACACCGCUGCACCGGCACUCCUCCGUCUGACUGGUGA